GACACAUUCGCGGCUAGACUGGCAACACGUAUAUUCAAGCCAUCGAUGGCAAUGGCUGCUGCGUUUGGCCUAGCGUAUCAGUACGAUGUUCUCAAUGCAUUCCUCAACGCACCGCUGGGACAGCUAGUCUACGUACGAACGCCAGAGCCUGAAGGACGCGCCACAGUUGUGGUGCAGGCACCUAAA